AAAUUCUCAUCAUAUUCAGAAUUGCUUAGAAGUAGAGUAAAAAUUAAGGUGCAACCAGCAUCAAUUCAACGAAGAAAACGAAAAGAAAAUGUUGAUCCUUCUAAAAUGAAAGCACAAAAAAAAAGAAAAGCUAUAGUGAAACCACAUAGUCUGAAGAAAAAUAUUUCAGACAACAAGCCAAAUUAA